GCUCAUUAACAUUGAUCACUGAUAUUUCAUUUCCGCCACGUGGGAAAAACAAGUAUCUCCUUGACGUUGCUGUAUCACCGCGGGUAACGAACGACAACCCGUUUCUCUUUCCGGUUAGCGAUCCGGGUUCAAGCCGUAAGGGCAAGACGCACGCCCGGCGUUCUCUCUCCUGGCGGUCUCAGUACUCCGUAGAGCGAGAGAGAGAGAGAUGGAGGUGGAUGGGCUCGGCGGGGAUGUGAAUGGGGCAGUGUACGGGAGGUGCUUGAGCAGCUUCGUGGACGAAGGGAGCGCUGAGAGCCACAGGUACUACCUAGCUCGGAGAACUGCGUUGGAGAUGCUGAAGGACAGAGGCUACGCCGUUCCCGACUCCGAAAUCGACCUCUCUCUCCACCAAUUCCGAUCCAAUUACGGCCAGAAGCCCGACAUCGACCGCCUUCGCAUCUCCACUUCUCUCCGGUCCGACCCCUCCAAGAAAAUUCUGGUCAUUUUCUGUGGGCCUGAGGUGGUAAAAGUAAAUACAAUCCGCCGAAUUGCAACUCAAAUUGUUAAUAAAGACAGUCUAAAGCGGCUGAUCUUAAUAUUGCAAAAUCAAAUAACAAACCAAGCUCUCAAAGCUGUGGAUAUUUUCUCCUUCAAAGUAGAGAUGUUCCAAAUUACCGACUUGCUUGUUAAUAUUACAAAACACGUGUUAAAGCCAAAGCAUCGAAUUUUGACCAACAAGGAGAAAGAGAGGCUUUUAAAGAAGUACAGUUUGGAAGAGAAGCAGCUUCCUCGAAUGCUGGAGAAGGAUGCGAUUGCUCGAUAUUAUGGGCUUGAGAAAGGGCAGGUGGUGAAAGUUACUUACAGCGGUGAAAUUACGGGAUCACAUGUUACUUACAGAUGCGUUUGGUGAUGCCCUUUUUGUGUUUUCACUUUCACAUUUCACCCAGUGCCCAAUGCAUAUGUAGCAGAAUGUUUUGCCCUUCUCUUUUUUUUUCUUGCGCCAGGCCAGGGACAUUUCACUCUCUCUGAUUGUGUGAACUGUGUACCAACUUGCUGCUGCAUGCUCUAUGAAUAUUGUGGAUUCAGCGAGAGUAAACUAGUUUUACUGUUAUGUUCACAUGUGAACAUCAAUAUUACUUUCUGUUUGAUUUCGAAA